AUACUACCAGAAGUUAAACAGAACGAAGUUGAAAAUAUAGCAUCUGAUAAUUAUCAAGACGAUAAUUACAUAAUGUUUGGUUAUUUAAUUGUUAACAAUAAGUAUAGGAUUUCGAUACGAUUUAGUUUAUCAAACCGAUAUGGAUGUCAAAUUAUCGUACAUAAGUCUAAAAAUACAAGCAUUCCCGUCGGUGCGCGAGUUUUUUGGAUAAUGCUUGCCAAAGGGCAUGGAUAUUUUAGCCGUCAUACUCGGAACAUUAAAUUUGUACACGGGGUGGAAACAUUAUCAGGAAAAUUGCCGUUUACGUGUAACAUAAGCAUGCUCAACAGUGGCAUAAAUAGUUUGUCGGAUUCAUUUAUCUUUACUAAUUUCGAGUCAAAAGACCUUAAUAAAACUCUAGUUCUUCAAGGAAGGCUUAAAGGUAUUUCAAAUACUAAUUUGAACAUGCAAAUAUCAGAAUCUAAUGUGAAUGAAAUUCAGAAUAAUAAUUUGCUUGACAUCGCAAUGAGAUGGUGUGUUGUUGAUACUUAUCAGAGAAGUUACAUUGUAACUGAUAUCGGAGAAGAGUCUUUUAAAUUGAAUGAUCUCAAAGGAUUGUAA